CCAAAAUCCCCCCGUAGGGGGACAUGCCCGACCUAAGCACGGUGGACGCGCGGCGCAGCGGAGAGGGGGAGCGAAGACCCAGUCCUGAGCGGAGGGCUGGGGCGAAAGUGCUCCGGACGGCGCCUUCGGGAGGCGUGUCCUUCGCCUCUCUCCCUCCCUCCCGUCCGCGCAUGCGACGGCUUCUGUACGAACAUCUCCGGCACCACGGUGUAAGGGCCCCGGCCCGCCCGCGCCGACCCUCGAGGGUCCCGCUCCGGCGGACUUGCGCGCUUCGCUUCGCUUCGCUUCGCUGCGCUUCGCUUCGCCUCCUUCCCGUCCCUCCCGCCCUGCUCCCGGGCCCCCGUCCCCUCGUGCAGUCGUCAGAGCGGCCCGGGGCGAAGCACAUGCCCCCGGCGGAGGGGUCGAGAGGUCCAGGGCCCCGGGGUGCGAAGGGAUCGCGCCGCCGCACGUCCUGGGGCGUGGGUUCCCAGCGCGCGCCUCUGCAGUUCCACCCUCCAAGCCCAGGCCAUUCCACGGCUGGUCGUGCGCCAGUGCUUUGGUUUGUUCCGCUUCCGUUGUGUCCUGUGCACUCAUGCCUGAGGUCUUUCCGGAGUGUUCGAGACGACGCUCCCGGGUCAUCCGUUCAAUCGUAUCCGCGGAUCGGUUUUGCAUCGGGCGGAGUGAAGAAAGAAGUGUGCGUUUGGCCAGUCUUGGUUCAUAGUAGCACGUGGAAAUCUCAUGUGUUAGACAUCUCGUCUCGACACCGUCCUUCUUCUCAGAUUGCACUCUGCGCUAUUCCCCGCGACGUGGGAUUGGCAUGGCGAUCAUGGCGGCGAGCCCUCGGGUUGCUGCCUCUGAAGGUCUCGAGACCCUGGCGGCAGCGUACCUGGAGGGGGCGCAGCUGUCCCGAUCCAUGGCGUGAUCGGUGCGCUGAAUGUGGCGCGGUCAAUGACGGCUUGCCCGCGCUGGUGAUGCCCGCGCGCGCCACGUCGUGCUCUCCGCAGUCCCCGGCCGGCGCGGGGAGCGGCUCGUCACGAACAGAGGCGUCCAGGCGCACGCCGCGGAAGUUGGAGCCGGCGGGGGUCGUGCACUGGGGCGCCGUGCGCCCUGCGGUGCCCAGAGCCCAGCCGCGGCAGAGCACCGCGGCGACCCUCGGAUGCUCCGGCCGCGGCGCUGCCCCGAAGCACGGCGGCCAGCUGGGCUGGCUGCAGUCCGAGGCCACGGCCGUGGCGGACGAGGCCCGCUUCGAGGCGUUCCUGGAGGCGCGUCCCCACUGCGAAGAGCGGCUGCGGCGGCUCCUGCGGCAGCCGCUGCGGCCCACGUCCGCGGAGGGGCGGCCGGGAUCCGCGGGCCUGCCCCGCGAGGACAAGUGCCAGGAGCUUGCGCGGGCUCUGCAGGCCGCCCGCCGCGGCCUCGGCGCCGGCUCCUGCCUGGUGGCGCUCGGGGAGCGCCGCCUGGAGCGGCUGCAGGCGUUGGGGCCAGCGGGCGGGCCUGAUCAGCAGCCAGCGACGCCCCUCGCGUGAUUCGCCGUGUAUGCGUCUGUGCCGGAGGCCGGAGGCCCCGCAUGUUCCACCAUGUGUUCGUCCGCGCCGGAUGCUCCUCAGCGAGGGAUGCCCGUCAUGAUGACCCGCAUUGCCAGGUACUGCCCUGACGUGAUGCAGCCCUCCCCUCGACAGUAUUUUUUUGUUUUGCAAGGUUCCGCACCUCUG